AUGUAUGCAGGGAGAUAUAAACGGUCACAUACGUCACGGCUGCUCCUCGGGGCUUCCUUAGGUCCGUGCAUGCAGCAUGCGCCAGCAGCAGCAGGCCCUGCCGCUACUGCAGCUUCAUCGAGUGGCGCUGGCAGGAAGUGGAAGCGCCGAGAAGGUGCAGAUUUGAGUCUUAUUGUUGUACAGGAGGACGUGGAGGCGUCGAGGGUCGGUGCUGCCUCGUGGGCUGCUGCUUACGCCGGUCCUUCUUCCCAGCUCCCUCGGUGCCUCUGUUGCUGCUGCGGCAUGCCAGGGCGUUUCAGGUGCACUGCAUGCUUCAAGAAGCGCAGCACCAACACCAGCAACAGUGGUGGAGGACGUAUGGGAACGGCUGGAGGGGCUGCUACAGCGCAAGCAGCAACUUCAUCAGGGGGGCCCACGGGAAAGUACUUGUGCAGCGCAGAGUGUUUAUCGCUGCACCGAGCAGCGGACUGUACGCCACGCCAUAUGCUCAACUGGCUCGGCUAG